AUGGUGGGGCUUCUAAUGGAUGAAGAAACAGAACACCCAUCUGUUUCGUUUUCGUAUUCAAACUGGGUUUCUAAUGUCAAGAAAUCGACAAGAGAAGCUUACGAAUCAAAGCCACUUUCACAUUGGAUCCUAUUGAUUCUCAGUGGUGCGUCAAUGCUCACAGCUUUCCCAGCUUCUAGUCUACUCUCUCGUCUUUACUUCUCCAAUGGUGGCAAAAGCAAAUGGAUCAUCUCUUGGGUUUGUGUCGCUGGAUGGCCAAUCACUUGUCUCAUCCUACUUCCCACAUACAUCUUUCGAAAGAUCAAACCAACACCUCUCAGCACAAAGCUUGUUCUUUCUUACAUCAUCCUCGGUUUCUUGAGCGCUGCAGAUAACCUUAUGUACGCUUACGCCUACGCAUACCUCCCUGCAUCGACUUCUUCGCUUCUUGCAUCAUCCUCGCUUGCGUUCUCCGCUUUGUUCGGCUAUCUCAUCGUGAAAAACCCGCUUAACCCUUCGGUUAUCAACUCCAUUGUGGUUAUAACCGGUGCUAUGGCUAUAAUAGCUCUGGAUUCGAGCUCUGAUCGGUACGAUUAUGUAAGCAACCGCCAAUACUUUGCAGGUUUCUUCUGGGACAUAAUGGGAUCAGCGCUUCACGGGCUCAUUUUCGCGUUAUCCGAGCUUCUCUUUGUGAAACUACUCGGAAGAAGGUUCUUCCACGUCGCUUUGGAGCAGCAAGUCAUGGUUUCUCUAGUAGCGUUUGCGUUUACCACUCUUGGGAUGGUUGUGAGCAAAGACUUCCAAGGGAUGGCUCAAGAAGCUAAGAGCUUCAAAGGCGGAGAGUCUCUGUACACUCAGGUUCUUGUUUGGAGCGCGGUCACGUUUCAGCUCGGCGUUCUUGGAGCGACCGCUGUCUUGUUUCUUGCGUCCACGGUAAUGGCGGGAGUGCUUAACGCCGUGAGAGUGCCAAUCACGAGCGUAGCUGCUGUUAUAUUGCUUCAUGAUCCGAUGAGCGGUUUCAAGAUUCUGUCUUUACUCUUGACUUUCUGGGGAUUCAGCUCUUACAUCUACGGAAACUCAAGCUGGAACUCAAGUACUCAAGCUUCUUCCUAAUUUGCAGCUUGUUGCUCUCUUUCUAUUACUUUGAAGUAUAGAAACUGUAACUCAUUGUUUCUUAAUUGUGAUCAAGAUUCAUGUGAUUAUCUGAAUUACAUUCCAGCUAAAGCUGGAACAAGUUAUAUAUAAAUGAAGCAAGAACAUAAGAGAUUGGAUGUGAAAGAGAACAAGCUCAUAUAUACAACAAUCCAUACAUCAUAAGGAACUUGGGAGCAAGCAAAACAGUAAAAAGAAGGUCAAGAAAUAAAAACUUUCGAGAUGUUUGCAGAGAGAUUCAGAAUGUGAUUCUGUUUUCAUUGAUUAUGUUUAGGUUCGAUAUCUUUAAGAAGACCCACGACUUGCUGCAUACUUGGCCGCUUUGAAGGAAGAUCAGCAGUACAAAGGUAUCCAAUCUUGAGAGCUUCUUCCAUCUGAUCUUCUGAGCCUGUCUCUUGGAUUUUGGGAUCAAUAGCUUUUGAUCCUUGGUUCUUCCUAACCAAACUUCGAACCCAACUCACCAAGUCUGUAUCUUUCUCAUCAAGAUACUCAUCUUCAACAGGCUUUUUCCCUGUGAUCAGCUCAAACAGAACCACUCCAAAGCAAUAGACAUCAGACUUCGGUGUCGGCAUCUCGUGUUCGGUUUGCAAGAACUCGGGAGGGAGAUAACCGGGUGAGCCGUUGGUGAUCUCAUCGUCUAGUCCACUUCCAAAGACUUUAGCUAAACCGAAAUCGGAUAAUCUUGGCUCCAAAUUCUGGUCAAGAUACACACUACUAGCUUUCACAUCCCUAUGGAUCAUUGGCGGUGAACAACCGUGGUGAAGAAAGGCCAAUGCUCGGGCGGUUCCAAGUGCUAUCAUGUGCCUAAACCGCCAUGUCGCCACGGGACCCUCAUGCCCUAUGUUUUGGAUUCCAUUGUCAUCUUCUUCUUCCCAUGUAUCAGUGCUCCAAUCAUCUGUUGUCUGAACGCCAAACGGUAGAUCGUGAAGCAGGUUUUGCAAGUUACCAUUCUCCAUGUACUCGUAAAUAGCGAUUCUUUGAUCACCGGCUAUGCAAUAUCCGAUUAAAGGAACAAGAUUCGGGUGCUUGAUUCUUCCAAGAAACUCGAGCUCUCUCGCUGCUUCUUGGUCACUAAGAGUUGAGCCGUGGACCAAAACUUUGACAGCUACGUGAAUCCCACCGGGGAGGAAACCUCUGUAAACAGGACCGAACUUACCGUCCGCUAAGAGAGUGUCUCUGUCGAAAUUCGAAGUUGCGGACAAGAGAUCAGAGAACGUGAUGUUCAACAAUGGCUUCUCAAAGAUAACCACUGGAACAGCAUUUGCCUGCUUGACAUCAGCAACCCAUGUAGUGGAAUCUGUUUGGAAAGAGAAUGGACCUGAAAUGCUUUGUUCCUCCUUGAACGAGACAUCUUUGGCUUCGCCGGAUUUUGGUUUCUUUCUGCGGCCAAAUGCUACAAAGACCAGUGCUGCUAUGAGCAAGAACAUAGCGGAAAGCGUCACUGCCAAAGCCAGCUUGAGUACUCCAGUGGCUGAUCGUCUUCUCUUGAAGAGCGUCGGGUUUGCAGCGAUAGGGCAGCUGCUUGUAGAGCCAAAGAAGGAUCUGAUCAGAGUUUCCGGUGAGAAUUUUCCGGUACACAGUGUUAAGUUGUUGAAAGAGAAGUUGAAUCUCUCCAUCCAAGGGAGCUUCUCAAGGAUAGAGAUUGGUAUCUCUCCAGUCAAAUUGUUCCUCGAAACAUCGAUAGCCACGAGGUUCUUGAUGCUCAAGAUCGGUAUAUGUCCUGAUAGAUGGUUUCGAGAGACAUCUAGUGUGCUCAAAUCACUCAGCUCUGAGCUCUCUUCAGGUAUGUGACCAGAAAGGUUUGUGUUUGACAAGUUAAGAUACUCUAAACCAGAAAGCAUCUCGAUCCUCGGAAACACCCCUCUGUUGAAUCUAUUGCAAGCAAGAUUCAAGUGCUUAAGCUUCUUUAGCAGUGUCAGAUUCUUGAAGAUAUCUCCACUUAGCUCAUUCUCAGACAAGUCAAGGUAUAUCAAACUAAACCAGUUGGAGUCUACCUGAGAGAUAUGACCUUGAAACCGGUUUCUGCUGAGAUCAGCCACCUCAAGACACUCCUUGAAUAAACUUGUUGCAGAACCUUCAAACUGAUUCCCUGAAAUGUUGAGAGAAGUGAUGGAUCUCAUAUCAGCAAAAUCUGUGUCCCUGCCAUGAAUCUUGUUUCCUGCAAGGUUCAAAGUUUUGAGCUUUGGAAAUGCAGAGCCAAACCCAUCAGGUAGAGACCCUUCAAGCCUGUUAGAGGAGAGAUCAAUGGAAACCAGAGAUUGACAACCGAGAAGUCCUCUUGGUAUUGACAUCUGAAACCCAUUGUGAUCAAGGUUCAAGACUCUCAAGCUAACAAGAGAAUCCACAGCUUCAGGGAUUUGACCAGAGAAAUUGUUGUGAGAGAUGUCAAGGGACUCAAGCUGCCCAAAGUUUCCAACAUUGCUAGGGAAAGACCCAGAGAUCUGGUUGAAGGAGAGGUUGAGACUCUUCAAAGUGUUCAAACUCCAGAAAUCAGAUGGCAAAGCAGAGAUUUUGUUGUUGCUGAGAUCCAAAGAUUGGAGCUUGCUGAGUUUACCAAUGGUUGUGUCAGGGAUUGGACCAGAUAAACCCAUUCCAGAAGCAAUUAACACAAUCACAUGCUCGUUCUGAGAAUCACAGAACAAGCCUUGCCAUGAACAGAAGGGAGCAGAGAAGUUGUAAGCUUGAGAAGAGCUUAAACCCAUUUGUUUGAAGAAAUCAGAGACAAAGAAACCAUCUGUGUUUGGUUCUUGGCAAGAAAAUUGCUUCAAGAACAGAGGAAGAAUCAGUGCAUAACCCCAGAAACCAAGACCCAUUGAAGAAAUCUCUUUAAGCGCUAAACAACAAAAAUCUCUCCCCACAGAAAAGUUUAUUAGAAAGCAAAAUCUCACUAAAGCUACUUUAGGGUCUUCAUGCAAAAACCCAGAAAGCUCAAGCAGUUGAAGACAAGAGAUCUGAAGAUAGAAAAAAAGUGUUUAUUUUCACUCUGUGGUGCUUCUCAAGUACACGAGAAACCAAAAGGACAUAAAAUCAAGAAAAAGGAGCAUUUUUGUCACUGCAUAACAUCAUGGAAGUAAACAUUGAGUAGAUUAUUAUAUAAUAUUAAGCUUCGUCUACCUCUGACUAUGACAAGACUACUUAUUUUAAUUGGAAAAUUCUGAAAUGCCAAAGAGAGAGAGAGAGAUAGAGAAAAGAAGACAGUUGAAGCUUUUUCAUAAAUGAGAAUUCAUUCUCUAAGAUUUCAGAAACAGUAUCAUUGGUUUCUUUUUCUAGUUGAAAAAGUAAUUGAUUCUUCUCACUGAAAACCCGUUUUCUUUCUUUUGGGUAAAAUCUUUUUUUUAUUUUACUUUUCUUUUUCUUUUUCUCUCUCUAGCUAAAAACUUUUUAUUUUUAUUUUAAUAUUUAUAAAUCAUGAAGAAAA